UCUGCCAUCCAGCGUAUCGUUCCCCUGCUUGACCGCGUCCUCAUCCAGCGUGUCAAGGCCGAGACCAAGACCGCCAGCGGCAUCCUCCUCCCUGAGAAGGCCGUUGAGAAGCUGAACGAGGGCGUCGUCGUCUCCGUCGGCCCUGGCCUCGUCACCAAGGAGGGCAACAGCAUCCCCACCGGUCUGACCGAGGGCGAUCGCGUUCUGCUCCCCUCGUACGGCGGCAGCCCCAUCAAGCUCGACUCCUUCAAGGACAAGGAGUUCCUGCUGUACCGCGCCGAGGAGAUCCUGGCCAAGCUCGAGUAA